AUGCCCCUCUCCCUCCCCUCCCCCUUCACCCCUCUCACCCGCCUCCUCCUCUCUCCCUGCACUCCUCCCUCCCCCCUCUGCAGUAGUGGGGUGAAUGAGAGCAGACAGGUGCUCCAGGAGCCAGACUUUGCCCAGUCUCUACUGAGGGACCCCCACAUCCCCAUCAUCAGGAAAUCACGGGGAACCUCCACCCAGGUAAGACUGGCACCAUGACCUUGUCACCAAACAUGAUCCUAACCAUAAUUAAUAAUGUAAUAUAAUAUCACUAAUUGUUUUUCAUUCCUAAUCCCCCUCCCCCCAGGGCACCUCCACCCACGCAUCCUCCACUCACCUGGCCAUUCUUGACGAGCCUGACGACCCUAGACACGCCCCUGAUGACCGCAGACCAAUCCACUCACUGGGCCACGUCUCCUCCACCCGCAGCAAGGCUGGCAGCGUGCACAGCAAAACCAGUUACCAUGGCAGCCUGCAUCGCUCCCGAGACGGACGGUAG